CCUACCCACCCUACCCUAUCAAUCCAAACCAUCCAUCCCAUCUCAUCCUAAACCAUAAAACAAUAUACCGGUACAAACCUUCAAAUGACCAGCAGGUACAACCCUACCUCCGCCUUCUACACUGCCGCCGAGAGUGUUGGAAAUCUAGCCGGGUAUGAUGACCCUGGCGUGAAGUUGCUAGCGUAUAGCCUUUACAAGCAAACUAGGGUGGGCGACGUCACAGGUUCUAGGCCGCUCCUCGACCCCGAGAGCAAAAUGAAAUUCGAUGCCUGGACACUCGUCAAGGGUAUGACGCACCAGGAAGCCGACGCGCGCUAUCUUAACUGCUCGGAGCAUAUGGUUCAGGGAGUGCCAUUGAAUCCAGAGAACUCCGCGCUGUUGGGGGCGAUUAAAGAGAAGCUGGGCGUGAACAAACCCUAUCUCUCAUCACUUUGGCGCUGAUAGAGGGAAGGAAGUAGGGAGCACAGCUGCUACCGACUACAGGAUGGAUGGAGGGUUGAGCGGGAGUUUGUGUAUGAGUGAGGGAGCGGUUGCGCUUAAGAAUUUAACAGAGCUGCGAGGGGUUUCUUCUUGUUACUGA